UGUGAAGUUUCCCACGCCUGUUGUUGUGGCGUCUGCCCUUUUCGCUCACUCUCUCUCUAUUGCAGCUACCCGCCGCCUCCCCUUUUUCUCUGUCUUCCUCACCCACCCCCUUUCUCUCCGUCUCCCUCGUCCCUACACCUCCAGUCUGCUUCUGUUGUCUCGGCGGAUUGUUGGACUGUGGGAGAGAAAGGAUAUCGCGAGUAUUGGAGUUUUGGUGAGAGUUUGUGGAAGAUGGCGCCUGUUGUGACAGGGAAGUUCGGGGAGCGCCCUCAGCCACUGCGCCUAACAAGAGAAGCGAUGAGGAAUUACCUGAAGGAGCGAGGUGACCAAACUGUCAUGAUCCUGCACGCAAAAGUUGCACAGAAAUCCUAUGGCAAUGAGAAAAGGUUCUUCUGCCCUCCUCCCUGCGUCUACCUGAUGGGCAGUGGCUGGAAGAAAAAGAAGGAACAGAUGGAGCGAGACGGCUGCUCCGAGCAGGAGUCGCAGCCUUGUGCCUUCAUCGGCAUCGGCAACAGCGACCAAGAAAUGCAACAGCUUAACUUAGAGGGAAAGAAUUAUUGCACUGCCAAAACCUUGUACAUAUCCGACUCCGACAAGAGAAAGCACUUCAUGUUGUCUGUCAAGAUGUUCUACGGCAACAGCACUGACAUCGGUGUCUUCCUCAGCAAGAGGAUCAAAGUCAUCUCCAAGCCCUCCAAAAAGAAGCAGUCCCUCAAAAACGCUGACUUGUGCAUUGCAUCAGGGACCAAGGUGGCACUGUUCAACCGGCUUCGGUCCCAAACAGUCAGCACACGCUAUCUACACGUGGAGGGCGGCAACUUUCACGCCAGCUCCCAGCAGUGGGGCGCCUUUUACAUCCACCUGUUGGAUGACGAGGAGUCAGAAGGAGAAGAGUUCACUGUGAGAGACGGUUACAUCCACUACGGCCAGACAGUCAAACUGGUUUGCUCUGUCACUGGCAUGGCCCUGCCCAGACUGAUCAUCCGUAAAGUGGACAAGCAGACGGCGCUGCUGGAUGCCGAUGACCCCGUCUCCCAGCUCCACAAGUGUGCCUUCUACCUGAAGGACACAGAACGCAUGUACCUGUGCCUUUCCCAAGAAAGGAUCAUCCAGUUUCAAGCCACUCCAUGCCCAAAGGAACCAAACAAGGAGAUGAUCAACGACGGCGCCUCCUGGACAAUCAUCAGCACAGACAAGGCUGAAUACACUUUCUAUGAGGGCAUGGGCCCCGUCCACUCGCCUGUCACCCCUGUGCCUGUGGUAGAGAGCUUACAGCUAAACGGUGGAGGCGAUGUCGCCAUGCUGGAGCUGACAGGACAGAACUUCACUCCAAAUCUGCGGGUCUGGUUCGGAGACGUUGAGGCCGAGACCAUGUACAGGUGUGCGGAGAGCAUGCUGUGCGUGGUGCCCGACAUCUCCGCCUUCCGCGAGGGCUGGCGUUGGGUGCGGCAGCCCGUCCAGGUGCCCGUCACGUUGGUUAGGAACGACGGCAUCAUCUAUUCCACCACACUGACCUUCACCUACACGCCGGAGCCCGGGCCGCGGCCACACUGCAGUGCCGCCGGGGCCAUCCUGCGGGCUGGAAACUCCAGCCUGCUCAGCAACAACAGCCAGGAGGCCGGCCCCGGCAUCUACGGCCCCAACAGCACCUCCAACGCAGGAGUUACAUCCUCAUCCUCCACCGCCGCAGCUGUGGUCUCCUAACGCACACAGGGGGCCACUCAAUACUAUAUGCCUUGAGAGCAAAUGUACCACAAGGUAUAUAAAGACUAUGGGAAAUAAUAACAAAGACUGACUCACUCUAAAGUGCUGCGUAUUAAUUUUGGAUACAAAGAAGCUGAAAUGGAAAAAUUGUUGGGAGAAAGUAGCAAACGCAGGGGGAAACUGAAGGAGGAGUGACAUCACAACGCUGUCAGCUAACGGGAAUAAGCGAGAAGUGCUCCUUGACACGCCCCCUCUCCUGUGGUUACUGUCGGGACCUGCCUAUCCAGUUCUGGUGUUUGGAAUGAGUGAAAUUCCUGCAGGCUCAGAGCACCAGCACCUUUCUACGGCUGUAAGAAUGGAAACCACCACAACAAUACAUCCACCGUGUACAAACAAAUCUCUUGAAAGGAAAGUAUAUUUUUGCUCCCAACCCCCUCCCGACACUUGUUUUAUAAUUAUUCCUUUUUAUUUUAUGUUAUUUUGCAUCUAUUUGUGGUUUCCUAAAGGGGGCUGGAUGUAUUGUUGUUGGAGGGAGCGCAAGGAUGCAAUGGGACACACAUAAAACGUGACGAUAACAUAGUUUUUAUGGACCAAGGAUCUUGUAUAAGCUUUAGUAAAGGUACAUUUUUCUCCAUACCUUUUUUGUAUUAAACAUAUAGUACACUUUUGUUACCAAAUAGUUUCUAUUCUUCCUUUGAGCUUGGGCUUUGUUUUCCCCCUUUGAGGUCCAAAAUCCCAACCUGUAUGUUAUUGCGACCUUGCUACAAAUGCCUGCUUUGUCAGUCCUUUGGAUUGAACUUUUUUUUUUUUUUUGAUACUCUUGCUUCUUCUGUUGGGGAAAAAAAAUCUGAAGUUUGGGUUGUUUAUUUGCAUAAGCGAAGGUUAAUUAUUAUUAUUUUUCUUUUUUUAAAUAGGGGAAUAACCUCAGAGGGCCUAUGUUUUCUCAUUUGGUUUUUAUGAAGUCUUUAAAAAGAAAAGCUUUAAGCAACGCCUCUGCCUUGCCUGCAAUACUCUAUGUGCGCUAUGUCUCCUUUGGAAAGUAUACACAUCAGUACAUCUCACAUGGAGCCAUAGCAACAUUUGCAGAAUACAUGAAAAACUAGACUUCCGUAGUUACAAAAACAAGUCAGUUUGUCAUUUUCAAACUAAUGUAACAAGCAUAGUCAUUGACUUAAAAGGAUAGCCUUAGUACUGUAUAUUCUUCCUGUGUACACAGUCCAACCGCUCACAUAUCUUAUAUCCUGUAUCUGUUGCUCUAUUGGUCACUGUUAACGUAUCAUAAUGUAGUGAAACUUAAAACUGCAGCUAGCUAGGUUUCUUCCAAUGUGUGCUGUAGUUGUGGUGGCAUUUAACUCCAGUGGUUUUCCAAAAAGAUGGACACUUUUCAAUUUGAUGUGGCCUUACCGAUAACUUCAAUUACAAAAAAAAGUACUUCACCUUUUCUUAUCUGCUGUUUACUCACCUCUGAAGAACCUGUGCAUAGCACAAAAACAAGCUAAUGCCUCGCUUCUUACCACAGGAGCUCUGCUGUUUUGAGCUCAUCGCCGCGGCUCCAGAACCACCUUGUCAUGCAAAAGCAGCCUUCUGAAGGAUCUCUCAGCCUUCAGUUGUUUUUGGGUGUUCAAGUACAAUAAGCCCGUUUUUUAUUCUCAUGUGGUGCCCAGCACCUUUUCACUUUUGGUACAAUGUCUCUUGAGCGCUGUAAGCUCUUUUCAGCCUUCCUUAAAAAAAAAAAAAAAUCUCCUGUGGUUUAUUAUCUUUGCAGAAACAAGCCUGUGUACAUACUCACUGUCCGAGUAGUUGCACUCAUCUGUGUUCAUGGCGACCGCGUCUCCUGUAGGAGUAUAAAGGCCUUCUAAAUGUGUAUUAUUGAAGAUGUGCAUUUCCACAACAGAACAGCAAUAUUGUACAGGUCAUUUCAUCGUUUUUGUCUGCCUGAGCACUAGUUCACCAGCCAGCAAAUAUGUGUAUGUGUGUGUGUGUGUGUGUGACUGUCAUAUGUAGUUGCUGUAAUGGAAUAUUGAGUCAGACUCGCUCCAUUUCAAAGUGUGUUCCAACUGCUCUCCAAAAAAAGAAAAAAAAAAAAAAAGAACCUGAGAUUAAUGGGGUGUUUCUGUCUUCCACCAGGAUCCAAAUGUCUGAUAAUUGUGGAUAAACAUUCAAAGGCAAUACUUGUGAUCUUAAGUAUUACAGUACAACUGUAUACAUGUCCGGGGAAAAAAACAAAAACAAUACUGUAACUUGAAUGUCUGCUUAAUGAAGUAUUUCAGAAUUUUCUUACAAACAAACCCUUGAAAUAGGAAC